AUGAUCAUGUUGUGUGGCGAAAUCACAUCUAAGGCAAAUAUCGAUUAUCAGACGCUUGUUCGUGACGUUGUCAAGAAAAUCGGCUACGACGAUUCAAGCAAGGGUUUCGACUACAAGACAUGCAAUGUUUUGGUCGCCCUCGAGCAGCAAAGUCCUGAAAUCGCCGCAGGUGUACAUACUGACAAGAAAGAGAUUGAUGUAGGCGCUGGAGAUCAGGGUAUUAUGUUUGGUUACGCCACCGAUGAGACGGAAGAAGCUAUGCCAUUGACCCUUCAGCUAGCGCAUCAGUUGAACGAAAAGCUUCAUGCAAUGCGUCGAAGUGGUGAGCUCCCAUGGGUUCGUCCUGAUUCGAAGUCUCAGGUAACAAUCGAGUACAAAUUCGACGGUGGUGCGUGUGUUCCUAUUCGCGUCCACACUGUUGUGUUGUCCACCCAGCACUCUCCGGAUAUCUCUCUAGAGCAGCUUAGGAAGGAAAUUCUUGAAAAGGUUAUUCGAGCUGUUAUUCCCGCUCAUUUCCUCGAUGACAGGACUGUCUUCCAUCUGAAUCCGUGUGGUGCCUUCGUUAUUGGUGGACCCAUGGGAGAUGCAGGACUCACUGGACGCAAGAUUAUCGUUGACACCUAUGGAGGAUGGGGUGCCCACGGAGGUGGUGCAUUUUCUGGGAAGGACCCCACCAAGGUGGACCGAUCAGCUGCUUAUGCUGCACGAUGGGUUGCCAAGUCCCUUGUUAAGUCGGGCAUUUGCCGUCGUUGUCUUGUUCAAGUGUCGUACGCCAUUGGAAUCGCCGAACCUCUUUCCAUUAUGGUGUUUUCCUUUGGAACCUCUGCACUUAAUGAGCGGGAACUGCUGCAGAUUGUCAACGACAAUUUCGAUCUGCGGCCUGGAAUGAUCAUUAAGGAACUCCAACUGAAAAGACCUAUCUACGAGCCCACCGCCGAGAACGGUCACUUUGGUCACAAUGCUUUCCCUUGGGAACAACCCAAGACAUUGAAGAUCUCAACGGAACUUUUAAAGAAAGCUCAUAUGCCAGCUCGUAUCGAAGAUGUUGGUGCAAUUGCCCACUAA